CAAGCAGUUUUGGUUCAGGCGACCCAGAGGCGCGGCCAUUUGCAUGUCAACAACUCGGCGCGCCACCGGCAGGCCUGCAUGACCCGAUGAAGGUCACAGUGAGGGCCUUGAGGGGCGAGCCGUUCGAGCUGGAAGUGCGACCAGGCGUGACGCUGGAGGCCCUGAAGGCCAUGGCCGCGACGGCGAAGCCGGGCAUGCCCGCGAUCGGGCAGCUGGUGCACGACGGCAGGGUGCUUACUGGCAGCGCCACCCUCGAGGCGGCCGGAAUCCAGGAGGGCAGCCUCGUCGUCGCCGUGCCCGCCAAGGCACCCGCGCCGCCGGCCCCCGCCGCGCCCCCGAGCGAGCUGGCCGCCGCGCCGAGCGAGGCCGCCGCCGCCCUGCUCUGCGACCUGGGCUUCCAGCGGCCCGCCGUGGAGCGCUGCCUGCGCGCGGCCGGCGGCGACCCGAGCCUCGCCCUGGAGAGCCUCAUGUCGGGCACAAGGGCGCCGGGGGCGCCAGAGCCUCUGGCCCCCGCGCCGCAGGCGUCCAGCUGCGCGGGGCCCCUGGAGGCGCUCAGGGGGCACCCGGCCUUCCAGCAGCUGAGGGCGGCCGUGCAGCAGCAGCCCCACGCGCUGAGCAGGGUGCUGUGCGGGGUGCACAGGACGGAGCCAGGCCUCAUUGCGCUGAUCACGGAGCACCAGCAGGAGUUCGUGGACAUGUUGCAGGAGCCGCUGCCUGUUGCGCCUGCCGGGUCUGGCGGAGCCAUGUGCACAUCCGCCGCCACGGUGGCCGCCGCGCCGCAGGCCGUCGCGCACCCCGCGGCGUUCGGCGCGGCGCCGCAGCCGCCGAAGCUGUCGGCCAAGGACCAGCAGGCCGUGCAGGACUUGCAGGACCUGGGCUUCAGCCGGCAGCAGGCGCUGGAGGCCUACCUGGCGUGCGAGCGCAACCAGGAGGUUGCCGCGAACCGCCUGUUCGAGAACGCGGGGGGCUGAGCUUGGCCCUGGCGAGCGGCGGACGUACGGCGAGGGUGCGCCUGUGGCCGCCGUGCCGCCCUGGGCGCCGCGGCCGCGGCGGCCCCCGCCCGCUGCCGCGAGCGGCGAAAGGAUCGCGCGCAUGCCUCGCGGUGCGUCCCGGCUGGGCGCGCGCUCGCUCUCCUGCCGGCGGGCGCGCCCCCGCGGCCGCCACGGUCGAGGCGGUGCAGGCCGCGCGAGCCGCCCUCUCGGGGAGGGCGCUCGCUCGACGCGUCGGCGGUGUGCGCGCGCAGCUGCAUCACGGGACCUGCACGAGCACCCCGGACGCGAAGACGCCAAUGCGGGUUUUUGUCUUUCCUCCAUGGACGGAAGCGUUUUUUUUCUCGCCGCGCCCAGGGCUCUCGCUUCGAGCUGUCGUUGGGACUUGGGCCGCGCUCGGCCAGGAUCCGAGGCUGGGGUUGAUACGCGUCCACCGCCCGGGACGCCGCUCUACUUCUGUUCUCUCUCUCUCUCUCUCUCUCUCGCUCCGUCGCUGGUGGCGAGCUCUCUUCCAGAAAAAGUCGGCAUGCCUUGAUGAUCGAGGCGCUCCGCGCAUGGCAGGUCCAGACAGCUGGGGAUACAUUUC